CGUAAACACCCAGACCAAACUAAUCGCAUCGAUCAUAAGCCGCCCAGGCGUAGGAGCCGAACACUGAUAAAUCCACUGAGCAAAAAUGGCAGAUGACAAGGAUCCACUGAAACAGUUGAAAGACCUGACUCAGCUCAAAAACCAGUUGGAGGAGAUCCAGAGACGAGUGGAGAGCGAAGUCUCCGUAGGAAUCCCUCAGGGAGGCUCAGUGUUGGGAUCUCCGUUUCUGAAGGGUUUCCUGGCUGGCUAUGUGGUGGCUAAGCUACGCUCCUCUGCCAUCCUGGGAGUGCUGCUGGGAACAAUCACUGGCAUCUAUUCAGCACAGAACUAUCAAGUGCCCAACAUUGAAAGAACUGUGAAAGAGUAUAUGAACAGUUUGAAAAAAGGACCAAAGUAAUUUG